UGCUUCUUUUCUAAGCCUAUUUCCAAUAAGGAGAAAAGAAGCUUCAAAAACCCUAGCAAAAACUCCAUCAGAUGUUUCGUUUCGUUUCCUUUACCCAAGAUUAAUCUGUUGAAAAACCUAACGCACAACUUUUUGAUCGUCAGCAGUUCAAGAGUACAGAGCUUGCCGCCAUGUUCUACCAUCGUUCACUUGUGGUUUUCUCCAGGGGGUAUUGCCAUGAUGUUGAAGCAUUGCAUUUGAAGGUUGUUGCAUUAUGUGCUCUUUUCUGCCUUUCUGCAUUUGGACCCUGUACCAUGACUGGGACCCAUAAUCCAGUGGGCUAUGAUGAGUAUGGUUCUUACAGAAAUGACUUGAAUUCGGGUUCAGAGGAUGUACUAAUUGGUGACGGUAGAAAGAGAACUGCUCCCCAAAGUUCAAUCCCGAAACUAAAUCUUGAAAAUAUCUGUAAACGCUCGGACUUGUUCUGUUUUCCUUCAACGUUAUCUGGUUUCUUUGCUGAUUACCGUAGUUCAGAAGCGAAUGUUUCAGGUUUUUCUGAGGUUAAAGCAGAUGAAACAGUAAAUUUAGGGUCAACGGAAGCAAAGAAUAACCUCAGUUGGUCAUCAGAUAGUGGUAACUUUCGGUUAUUAAGUGGGAGUGUUGUGUCUUGCUCACUUGAAUUGAAAGAGAUUGAUAACAGUGACCAAAAUGACACACCAUCUUGUAAAAGAUCUUCGCUUGAUUGGAAAACUUCGGGAGUUAACCAGAAACAGGAGUCUGUUAGAAUCAAAUCUAGUCAUAUGGAUGAUUUUUCGUCACUCCGUGUACAAGUUAGCCAUCCAUUACUUGAUUGGGGACAGAAGUAUUUACAUUUUCCUUCGUUAGCUUUUCUGACUGUGGAAAACAGACAUAAUCAUAGUGUUUUAAAUAUCUUUGAGCCAUACAGUACUGAUGCCCAAUUCUAUCCUUGCAAUUACAGUGAAAUUAAGCUGGGACCUGGUGAAGUUGCUUCUAUAUGUUUCGUGUUUUUGCCCAAAUCGUUAGGCUUUUCUUCAGCUCACUUGAUAUUACAAACAAGCUUAGGUGGGUUCUUGAUUCAGGCCCAGGGUUUUGCAGUUGAGUCCCCUUAUGUGAUACGGUCUUCAGUUGGUUUAAACUAUUCUUCCAAUGGAAAGUGGAGCAAUAUUGUUUCCCUGUUCAAUCCUUCUGAUAAAGUGCUGCAUUUGAAAGAGGUUAUUGCUUGGAUAUCGUUUUCUUCUGGGAGCAUUGCAUAUUCCGUUAAAGCGAAUUGCAGCCAGAUAGAUCACAAGGGUUCGUCUGAGUUCAGUGUUAAAGAGUGGUUAAAUGUCAAAAUUGGCGAAAUUGGUCAACCGGUGAUGGCAAUAAGGCCACAGAAGACAUGGACUGUUGGGUCGAACAGCAAUGAGCCCAUCUUAGAGUUGGAAUUCCCGGAUCGUUCUCAAGCAAACAUAUUUGCUUCUUUUUGUGGUCAAUUAUUGAAUGGUUCAAGAGAUAACUUGGAUGCAAUCAUUCUUGAAGCAGAAAUUGGAGGGAAGUCAGGGUUUUAUGAUCUCAAAACUCUUUCAAUUUCCCUUGGUGUUCUAAUCCCUUGUGAUGCCAAUGGAACAACCACUGUCUCUCUUUUGCUGCGUAAUAAUGGCCCUGGCCUGCUGACGGUUGUCAAGAUUCGUGCAGUCGGUGAAAACUCGGAAUCUUUACAGAUUAAAUAUGUUGAAGGGCUAAUGCUGUUUCCUCAUAGUGUGACACAAGUGGCUAUGGUCACUUUUACUCCAGAUUCACACGUGAAUUUGAACUGUAAAUUAGUUGUGGAAACGAACAAAUCAGAUGGUCCUGCGCUUGAGAUUUCUUGCAGUGACAUUGCUAGUCUUUGUUCACGGUCACAUUCUUAUGCUGGACAUGGACAUGACAAUGGAGCGUUAAAUUAUGACAAUUUAGAAACAAGGUCCAAUAACGUCCAUGUACAAUCACCGAUUGAAAUCAAGGCAACAGAAAUGACAAAAGCUGAUGAACCGGUACUAGGAAACUGGCAAUCUCAAGGGACCGAAAAUGGAAUGUCUGUGCUCGAUGAUGACGAGAUCAUAUUCCCACUGGUUCAUGUUGGUUCUCAUCAGUCUAAGUGGAUCAGUGUCUUGAACCCAAGUGACCAACCGGUUGUUAUGCAGCUGCUGUUAAAUUCAGGAGAAAUCAUCGACGAAUGCCGAGGAUCGGAUGAAGUUUUGCAGCCCCCUUCAUCUUAUACUUUGGUUCUUAACGGUUAUACGACUCCUUCAAGAUACGGGUUCUCUGUAGCAGGAAAUGCAGUAACCGAGGCCUACGUUCAUCCUCACGGAAAAGCCGUUCUUGGACCGAUCGUCUUUUGCCCUUCGAGCCGUUGUGCGUGGAGAAGUUCGGUUCUCAUAAGAAACAAUCUUUCUGGCGUCGAGUGGUUAUCCUUGCGUGGCUCUGGAGGUUUGCUUUCCCUGCUUUUACUAGAUGGGUCUGAUCCUGUUCGUAACAUAAAGCUCAAACACAACUUACCAAGCUCGAUUAACCGAAUGAUGAAAGUUGUGUUCGCGAAGAACACCGGAGAUUUGCCACUAGAAGUCAAUAGAAUUUCGGUCUCGGGUACAAAGUGUGGGUCAGAUGGGUUUUUGGUGGACAGUUGUGACGGUUUCAGUUUGCAGCCCGGGGAAUUACGAAAGCUUGUUAUAUCAUAUCGGGCGGAUUUUUGUGCAGCAAUCGUACGUAGGGAACUUGAGCUCGUUAUGGCUGGUGGCAUGCUGAUCGUGCCCAUGGAAGUCAGUCUUUCUACACCGAUGCUCAGGAUAUGCAAACAAUCACUUAUUUGGACAAGAUUCAAGAAAUUCUUUCUUGCAAUUCUUGUUUCCAUCCUUCUGAUUUCCAUGGCAAGUUCUUGUUCGUUCUCGUUCACAAUCAGGGACGAAAAUUUGUCCAAAUCCGAAGAACAUUCUUCGGAUGUUUGCCCAAAACCAGAACCAGAAACCGGGAAGGAAGUGACAUCAUCAUCAUUGUCGUCGUCAUCGUUGGCGAAAUCGAUGGUGGUCGAGGCAUCAAAACCGGAGAAUCUUACAGUUAAAACAGGAAAAGAGAAAGCAAGACGUAGAAAGAAGAAAAGAGGUUCGGGUUCGGGAUUAACGGGCCAAUUUGAAGUGUUGAGUAGCCAAAGUAGCAACUCGACACCUUCAUCACCUUUAUCCCCGGCCUCAUCUUCGACACCAAAAAGAUCACCAGAGUUAUCCCCUAACGUUCGGGUCAGAAGCCCGUUCAAGAAUAGCGUGGCUCUUCCUCCCCAAGAUAAACCUUUGGCCCCAGCCAAAACCAUUGGCCCGCGAGCCAGGGCUCCUGGAGCUGAACGGAAAGCGGUUAAACCCGAGGAGGGUUCAAGGAGUGAGGAUCGGUUUACAUAUAAUAUCUGGGAUGACCAUCUUCAACUACGGUUUCUGGUUCCGGGUUCGGGUUCGGGUUCAUCAUUGGAGGUCUGUGUUAUGCCCACCAUAACUGAAGAUAAUAACUUUGGUAGCCUGUUUGAUGUGAGCCCACAAGAGCUGUUUAAAUCUGUAACAGAAACUGUAGGUUUUAAACAAGAUGAUUAAUAAAAAAAAA